AUGUCAGUGCUCAGCCGGCUGAGAGCGGCGGCCCAGCCACUUGUAUUUCGACUUAGUCUGAAAAAGAGCCAGCGAGCCUACGGGUCGGCGGCUGCAGCUCAGCUGGACUACGAUUACUAUUACUAUAAUGAUGAAGAUGAGGAACCGCAGAGAAAGGAGAACCGGAGGGGAAUGCAGGAGGCAGCGCCGCCGGAGGAGGGGUGGGACUCAGUGGGGAGGGGGGCGCAGUGGGUGAUCAUGGGAGAUCCAAUGGCCAGGCAACACAUGUACGCCGAGAGGCUCUCGAAGAUUCUAGACGUCCCUUACAUUUCCAUGGGUAAUCUCGUUCGUCAAGAACUCCACCCUCACUCUUCCCUCUACAAACAGAUUGAUGGAGCAGUGAACCAAGGGAAGUUAGUCCCAGAGGAUGCAAUUUUUCAGCUAUUGUCAAAGAAAUUGGAGGAAUGUUACUGCAGAGGUGAAACCGGCUUUAUCUUGGAUGGAAUUCCACAAACACAGAUUCAAGCUGAGAUCCUGGAUCAAAUUGCCGAUAUAGACUUAGUGCUGAAUCUUAAGUGCACAGAUGAUUGCUUGGUGAAGAAAUCACCGGGGAAUGGAAUCUACACUCCUCGAGAGUACCAUUGCAUGGCUUGCUCAGGAUUCGAUCCGAGUUUUCAGCCACAGAAUGACCCUCUGAAAUCUUCCAAUGCUGACACGGAUACUGCCUGGAAGGAGAGAUUUGGUGUGCAUGCAGAGCAGAGGAAACCCUUAGAAGAAUAUUACAAGAAACAACAUAAGCUUAUCGACUUCCAAGAGAGUGAUGCACCUGGCGACACCUGGCGAGGCCUAUUAGCCACGCUUCACCUGCAGGACAUGAAUGAUUUAGGUUCUGCUGUCAAGUCAAUGCAUAAGUUGACUGCAUGA